GGAGGAGGAGGAGAAGGAAAAGGAGGAGAAGCCGGAAGUGGUGCGCGAGUAGAUCCGUGAAGACGCAGCGCACCUUUCGGCAUCGGAACAGAGAAGCGUCACUCACAGGACCGGGAGCAGAGAGACGGACACAGACUGGACACCUGCUCUAAACUGAAGAAAAUGGAGGACAUCACUCUGUUAUUUCUCAACCUGAGGGACUGAGCUACAGCAGCAUCAGCAGCAGCAGCAUGUCUGACGUCUCAGAGUCCUCCAUCCAGACAGCAGAGGCCACGGUUUAUUGCAGGCUGUGUUUGAGUGACUGUCCUGCAUCAGAAACAAGCACGCUGCAUUCCUGUGACUGCGUGUUCUGUACCCCGUGCUUACGUCAGUAUGUGCAGUUGGCCAUAAGGGACGGGGCUGGAUCCCCCAUCACCUGCCCUGAUGUGGCCUGCAAGCAUCCUGGAGCUCUGCUGGACUCUGAGAUUGCCUCUUUUGCUUCUGGUGAUCAAGUCAAGUUCUACCAGAGGCUCAAAUUCGAAAGAGGCAUUUCCAAGAUUUCUUAUCUUCCUGAUGCCGGUGUCAGAGAUGUGCUGUGUUUCAAAUAUUAUAAUGCAUCAGAGGUUGUGCUGGGCAAGACGAUGGAGGAUUGGCUCCGAUUCUCUGUGUGUUACUGGCACUCGUUUUGUGGAACUGGUGCUGACCCGUUCGGAUCUCCGACGCUGCACAGGCCUUGGAAUGAAGGAGACAACGACAUGGAGAGAGCGAAGAAACGACUCUGUGCUGCAUUUGAGUUCUUCACCAAACUUGGUGUGAAGUACUACACAUUUCAUGACAGGGACAUGGCUCCUGAGGGACGCACUCUGGAGGAGUCCAAUAGGAACCUGGAUGAGAUAACAGACCUGGCUCUGGAGCUGCAGAAGAAGACUGGAGUGAAGGUGCUGUGGGUCACCUGCAACCUGUUUGCUCAUGCCAGGUAUAUGAACGGAGCUGCAAGUAACCCAGACUGCCAUGUUCUUGCCUUCGCUGGAGCUCAGCUGAAGAAAGGACUAGAGAUCGCCAAGAAACUGCAGGCUGAGAACUUUGUGUUCUGGGGAGGUCGUGAAGGCUUCCUCUCCGCACUCAACACAGACGUAGCGGCUGAACUCAAGCACAUGGCUAGCUUUUUCAGAAUGGCCGUGGCUUAUAAAGAGAAGAUCGGCUUGAAGUGCCAGUUUCUCAUCGAGCCCAAGCCGAAGGAACCGUGCAAGCACCAGUACGACUACGAUGCGAUGAGUGUUAUUGGGUUUCUUAAGCACUUUGGACUGGACAAAGACUUUAAACUGAACAUCGAGCCCAAUCACACAACCCUGGCUGGACAUCCUUACGAACACGACAUCAUCAUGGCCUCUGUGUUUGGCAUGCUGGGGUCUGUGGACGCCAACACAGGCUCUCCCGACUUGGGCUGGGACACGGAUCAGUUCCCCAUGGACACCAGAAAUACGACCUUAGUGAUGAAGGCUAUUAUAGAGCAGGGUGGCCUGCAGCCUGGAGGAUUAAAUUUCGAUGCCAAGGUCCGGAGAGAAUCGACUGAGCUGGAGGAUUUGUUCAUCGCUCACAUUGGCGCCAUGGAUGCUUUCGCUCGAGGCCUCAGAAACGCAGCCAAGAUGAUUGAGGAAGGAGUUAUGCAAAAUAUGCUGCGGGAGCGCUACAUGAGCUUCAGCCACGGAAUUGGACAAAACGUGGAAGAGGGUCGAUGCUCACUGGAGGAUCUGGAGGAGUUCAUCAAGGAAAACGGAGAGCCUAAAGUCACAUCAGGGAAGCAGGAGCAAUAUGAAGCGGUCUUUAAUCGUUACUUGUGAGAGUCAUUUUCUGUGAGAUGAUGUAACGGAUGAAUAAAUUUGGGUCUGGAUACAGAAAAA